AGUCCUGCUUUCCUAAGUGACUUAUUGUAUAAUUUUAGCAAUUGUCUAACUUCAUCAACUGGAACAGCUUAGAAGUGUGGUCUUUUGAGCUGGUGGUUCUGCUAUCGGGUUUGCUUCCCAACCCAAAGCUAGAAACUUCGAUGAUAUCGAUCUCGUAAACUCCUUUCUCAUACUUGUUUCAUAACUGGCUUGAUGAAUGUUUUCAAAAUGCAAACAACAACGCUGUAAUUUUGUACUCUCGUUAUGGAAAACUAAAGACAAAAAUUAAUUAUCUUUUCUGUUUGCUAAAUCCUUCAUAUUUUUCAGCUUAAACACCGGUUCAUUAGUCUCAAUGAUCUCAUCUGGACUCAGUGGUGCAGUAAGCACAAGAGUUUCAAAUGAACUAGGAGCAGAUCAUCCUCAAGCUGCGCGUUUAGCAGUACAAGUUGUGUUUGUUUUGGCAUCCACACAGGGAAUUCUAAUAGGCACAAUCAUGAUUUUGGUACGCCAUAUUUGGGGCAGUGCUUAUAGCAAUGAGAAAGAGGUGGUGCACUAUGUAGUUGUCAUGAUGCCAAUACUUGCCAUCUCCAACUUCGUCUACGGACUUCAAUACGUUCUUUCAGGUACGGCUAGAGGAUGUGGUUGGCAAAAGAUUGGAGCUUAUGUCAAUCUGGGAUCUUAUUACCUUGUCGGAAUUCCUUGUGCCGUUCUAUUAGCUUUUGUUCUACACGUGGGAGGAAUGGUUAGAACGUUCUUCUCUAUUAUACUUGGUCAAAUUAUGAAUAUCACUUCAAUACUGAUGCCAGUUGUGUGAGGCGUUAGGUGAAACGAGGCGCCUAGGCCGGCAUGCCUAGAAAAAAAAUACUAAUGGCUCACAUUUUGGCGCCUUAAACGUUCUAUUAGCUAUG